CACACACCCAGUGUGACGGCUUUAUAUUGCAACUGCGUCAUUGAGCUCUGCACCUUCUCUCUGAACGCAGCUGGGCUUGAAGCAUCGUCGGUUGCUUGUUAUCGACUGUAUUCUCUUGGACUUGCUGCACAUUCGGGACCUAAAGCGGCUCUGAGCUCUCGUCAUGGCCGCGGUGGAGCAGAGUGACUUGUCUCUCAUGAGUCUGGAGGAUGAGCUAACCUGCAGCAUCUGCCUCAGCCCCUUUGACUGUCCGGUGACCAUCCCCUGCGGACACAACUUCUGCCAGGGCUGCCUGCUCACCACCUGGACGGAGCCCUACAGAUGUCCCCAGUGUCGGACCCUCUUCCACACCAAACCCGAGCUGAAGAAAAACACGGUCCUCAGCACCGUGGUGGAGGCCUUUAACCUGAGGCUGGUCCGGAGCGCGUCGAGCAUGUCAGCAGAGGAGAAAGAGACCAAGGAAGAGACCCGGGAAGAUGCUGUCAUACGCUGUGACACCUGUAUGGAAGCAGAGGCGGCCAACACCUGCCUCACCUGCAUGGUCUCUUUCUGUGAGGAGCACCUGCGUCCUCACCGGGAGAACCCGGUGUUCCGUCUCCACCAGCUGAUCGAGCCAGUCGGGGACCUGUUGGAGCGCUUGUGCCCGGACCACCACAAGCUGAUGGAUCUCUUCUGCAGCCAGCAUGUCCGCCCCAUCUGCAGCCUCUGUCUCCAGCAAGACCACAAGGGCUGCACCUUCACUUCUCCUGAGGACCAGAGGAAGCUCAAAGAGUCGGAACUGAAGGACAAGUUGGACGUUCUUAAUGCAAAGAUUGUGCAUAAUGAGACCAUUAUGUAUAAGAUGAGGGACAUGGAGGAUAUGUUGAAGGCCUCAGCCACCAUCAAGAAGAAAGCUUUGGUAGCCGAGUAUCAAGAGAUGCAUGACAUGUUGACUCAAGAGGAGAGCACUGCUAUGAAUGCAGUGGAUCGAGAGGUGGAGACUUGUGGAACCAAGUUGAACCUUCUGAAGAAGAAGUUCGCUGAGAACAUCGACCACAUGAAUGGGGCUAAAGAAUAUAUCAACAAUCAGCUCAGUCAGUCGCAAACACUGGCCUUCUUGCAGGUGUCAUUUAACCUGCCUGCAGCUGUGAACUUUGACCCUUACACCCCUCGAAUCAACCUGGACUCCAAGAAGGUGAUGGCCAACGAGACCUUUGCUGUGACUUUAAAGGACCACCUGACCGAGCUGUUUAAACAGCCUGUUGAGUCCAGACUGCCACUGGCUAAACCAGGUACAACAGCAGCUUCUGCCUCAGGGGUUUCAUCUAUUCCCUGCGAAGCUUCCUUCUGGAAACCUCAUCUUUCCGGCAAAUAUUUUAUGCGUGUCAAGAGUUGUAUAACACAAGACAACUCACGAUUCAAGAACAAAAUGCACUUUCAUCUAGCUUUUUGUCUUCCUAUUUCAGAGCCCCUAGGAAAUCCAGGAUAUCCCUUGUGCCCAAGUCCAGAUCAAGGUCCACAGUCUAAAGCAGGACCAAAGAAGAAGCCUUCAAAACAAACCAAAAAACCUCAACCCACUGAAAAGCUGGUGGGAUAUAAUCCUUUUGCCGAGUUUGGUGGGAAAGACCCAGGUCGCCCUCCUGUUAUCCAACCCAAUCAGAAAACAGAACCUUCAGACAUUCCUGCAAACCUUGCAAGUGCAGAAAAAAGAAGUGACCUUCUGAAAUAUGCUUCAGCACUCAUGCUGGACCGUAAGACUGCCCACAAACGCAUCCUGGUGACUGAGGAGUGUACUAAGGCUUCUGUGACAGAUGAGCAAGCAAACUACCCCAACUGCCCUCAACGUUUCGUCGUCUGCUCCCAAGUACUCACUUCCAAGGGUUUCUCGAGCGGGCGCCACUACUGGGAAGUCCGACUGAGCUGCAACAACUUUAUCGGCAUUGGUUUGGCUUACAGCAGCAUUGACCGUAAAGGUUCCACCAGUCGCCUGGGCCGCAACGCCCAGUCCUGGUGUGUCGAAUGGUUUAACGUCAAGCUGUCCGCUUGGCAUAACAGCCAUGAAACCGUGCUGUGCAAUCCCAAUCCAAAGCGCGUAGGUGUGCUGUUAGAUUAUGAGGGGUGCAAGGCUACAUUCUACAACGUGGCAGACAGGGCAUAUCCCUUCCACACGUUUGAGUUUCCUUUUGCACAAGCAGUGUAUCCAGCUUUCUGGAUGUUUUCCAGUGGUUCCUCCAUUACUUUGUGCAAGGUGUAAGGAUGUGGAGCAUAUUGUCAUAAUUACACACACACAAUCAGCCUCUUGAUGUCAUUACUGAAACUAAUAUCACAAUAGUUACGGUAAACAAUUUGUCUCUAAAUGUAUGUUAAAGAAAAUUGACAAUUAACAAAUGUAAGAGGCCGAACAGCUUCAACAAGCUGAUUGUGAGGUUACAGGAUGAUUAGCCUCACUCAUACCACUCACUACACACUGUGGUUAGCUCUGCACUCAACAAAGUAAAUACAGGAAUAUAUGGUUGUGGUUACUCCAGAAGUUUAUAGAACUUGGGAGUGUCACAACUGAAAUGGAUGUGUGGAAUCAAUAGCAUGCCAUAGCGUUAGUCAUUAGCUGUUACCUUGCCCUACAGCCGCUGAAGUUGUGUUUCUAAACUGGCAGAGCCAUUCUUUUUCAGUUUAAGAAACAUCAGAUUGGAUCAGUAUAACGUGCAUGUCCUGCGUCCAAUGUGACUAAUGCACUUAAGUGUUUCUUACCACUUUAACAGAACACACACAACUUCCUGUGCACUUGCUGUACAGCGUGUUUGUGCUUGUGUUAACCCUUUAGACUAAUUAUUAUACACUGUAGAUUGGUGAUGAAUAAAGAAGUGAAUUCAUCACACAAGUCAGUCCAGUGUUAUGAAAUUAAGUCUGAAGGUGAAAGGAUUGAUAGUUUUGGACUGAGGCAGUUUAAGUUAAAGGUCUGGGUCAUGCAGCAAAAGAUUUUGUGACCCUAACUUUUUUUCCUAUCAGUCGAUAUUGAUUCAUUUCUAGCGACCGUAAGAAUUCAGUUAUUGAAAAUGACAUUUUUGGACUGAAAAGAUAAAGACCACAACUUGUCAGUACAAAUCCUUAUAAAUGUGUACAGAACUUGGAGUGUCACAGCUUGCUCUAAAAGAGCACUCAUGUAUUCCAUGUAUUCAACUGAAAGCAGAACAUCAUGAGUGUUAAACUAUAUUGUUGAGCAUGUCUUCUAUAGGUCUGCCAUGUGACUGGAUAGAAAAAUCUGUUUCUGUGAUGCAAUCAGAUAUACCCAAGCCAUCUACAGACAGCAUAUUGAGGUGGUGGAUUUUCAUAUAAUUUUUUUUUUUCAUCGUAGCCAUUUAGUUAAAGUUAAGAUGUGUUGUGGAUAUAUUGUGUCACCUGGCUCUAUCUGCCCACGACGUCUUCAACUCUCUGACUUGUUUGGUUGGCGAGACCAGAAGUCACAUAGACUCUGGUUUUUACAUUCUGGCAGUGUCUGUCUCAUCUGUGGUCUUCAAAUGUUUUAAUGUCAGGUUCCCUUCAGAGAGAGAGAGAAUCAGCAAGGGUCCUUGUUUAGAUUUAAACUUUGGAUGUGGUUUUCUCCAUUGAAAUCUAAUGCUAUAAUGUUCUGUGGUAAGCACAUCAUCAUCCAUACUACUAUGUUGUUGUUGUUUGAAAACACCUCAACUCUGUUAAGGAUACAUCUGGCUUCCACAUUGCACUAGUGUUUAAACAGCCUAAACAGAAGUUUGGAAACGCUGCUGGCCUGUUUCAGUCUGCAAACUCCAGGAUGGCGUUUUAGUCUGGAUGGGUUGAAAUGGAGAAUCUCUCAACCGCUUGCUGAUCGGGGCUGUCAGUCAAGAUGGAGCCUUCACUGAUGUGUCAGGCUCCUAUAACACUGGUGACAUUUAGUGGCUUGUUGCCUGUUGUGGCACCAAAGUGUUUGGCCUGUGUGCCUACGGAUCAGCUGAAAUCAAAGCUUGUUCGUCCUGUUGAUGCUAAAUGGUGUGAAACCAAAAAUUGGCAUCAGCAGUAGACAUCUACAUACACAUCACGACAGCAGCACAUGAGCAGUGAUGUUUGAACAUGGUUCAGGCCAAGUACUAGCUUCUCUGCACUAAAUAGGUGCUGAAGACUGCAUGGUCUGAUUGAACUGAUAAGUGAGCCAAGGUUCAGAUAUGAUGGCCACUGUUGUGAAUCAGUCAGUUCACUGUUGGUCAAUUGAAAAGAUCUGUGAGGCAUUGUGCCAGUGCACUUCAGGUAUGGACCUUUAUUUAUUGGGUCACCUGCCGACAUUAAAGGCUCCAUGCCUCACUGCACUGUUUGCUGUUGCAUUUCUUCACAAUGGUACAGAUGGCUUUGACAACUUAUGGAGAGCUUUACCACAGCUUGACUCAACUCCUCAUAUUGUGUUGACACUUAGGACCAAGCUAAAACAAUAUGCAUUGCAUGGGUGUCAGGGAUCAGGGGAAUCAAGGGUCUUAUGUUUGUUUGUUUGCAACAUAUGUCCCAGUGUAUUGGACUUAACUUUAGACAGCAUAUAGUUUGAGUGGACACUGAAUCAGCCUAUCUGUAAUCAUUGUAUGUUUAAUUUCCCUGUGCUCACUGUCUGUGAAACGGGUCACAUGUUAAGGUCAGGUUCAUGAACCACAGUCAUAUCUGUGGUGAUUUGAUUCAGUGAACCCAACAGGGGGUUUAUAUGACAGUCUUAAAAUGCAAAAAAUUACUUUAACUAACAUUUUUGUUUCAAAUUAAUAAAUGUUCUUUUCUCUCUAACAUGGUCUUUCUCUGUAAUAAAGUGAUUGAAGAAGCA